CAAAGGCACCAACAAGCUUUUUUUUGUGUGAGAUAAACACAAGCACUAGUAAGUAGUACAACAUUAUUCUAUAUCCUUUGAACCCUUUGAACUUCUCUUUUAAGAGUUCAAAAUCCUACUAAAUACUAAACAAGAGCUCUACACCAUAUAGUACAACAUUUAUUGUACACAUAUUCGUAGAAUUUAGGGUUUAGGAUAUAAGAUGUGGCGCGUUUUGGCCGCUGUGGCGAGAAAUCUCCAGAGUACGAAAAAGAGUUCGAAAGUGGCCGAUGAGAGCAUGUUUGAGGGCGCGAAUGGAGUUGAGAUUCAUGUUUUUGGACAUGAAAAUGGAAGAAGAGGGCAUGGUGGAUUCUCAAUUAUACAUAGCAUACUUCAAGCACCAAUUUCAAUACUAUCAUGUGUUUCUCAUCCUAGGGUUAAUGGUUCUGAUGGGAUUUGGGUUACUACUGGUGAAUUCUCUCAGAUUUCUGAGAUGAAUCAUCUCAUGGUAAGUGAUAGCAUGAGAUAUGCAAUUUUGAUGUAGGGGAAAAAAAAGAAAGAAAAAAAAAAAGAUGUGAAUAUAGUAGCUUAAUUAAUAAUUGUUGUGUUCUUAUCUUCCUCUCUUUUGUCCCUACUUUUUUUUUCUUAUUUUCUUUUUCUUGUUUUUGUUAUAAUUAGGAAGAUAUAUGAAAUACUUAAUUAAGGUGAUUGAAUAUUUGAAUAUAUGUUAUUAUAGAAAAA